AUGAAAUCAUUUUAUACUCUUUUACGCACUCGUACUAAUUUAAAACCAUUAUUGUUUCGUGGUUAUGCCGAAGAGAUUCCAAAAGUCAGCAAAGUAGAUGUAAAUGCAAGCAGCACAGUAAAUGUAAGUGAAAGCAGCAAAGCAGAUGUUACAACAACAGCAGUUGAAAGUGGUCCAUCAGCACCCGAAGUUCUGUUGACUACACUUGUUGAUGGACAUGAAGAUAUUGUUGAAAUAUCAUUAAAUCGCCCAGAAAGAAAAAAUGCAUUAGGAAAAGAAUUGCUUAGUCAGGCAGUACAUCAAAAUAAUACAGCAAGAUGUAUUUUAUUUCGAAGUAUGGUACCGGGAGCAUUUUGUGCAGGCGCUGAUCUUAAAGAACGUCUUGAAAUGGCACAAGACGAAGUUGGUCCAUUUGUUUCACGUAUUAAAGAAGCAUUUUCAAAAAUAUUUGGUUUACCAAUACCAACUAUAGCGGCAAUUGAUGGUAUAGCUCUCGGAGGAGGUUUAGAAAUGGCACUUGCCUGCGAUAUUCGAAUCGCAGCAACGUCAGCUAGACUUGGAUUGACAGAAGUACGAUUAGGAAUUAUGCCUGGAGCAGGUGGCACACAGAGAUUACCACGUCUAAUUGGAAAUGCAAGAGCAAAAGAAUUAAUCUUCACGGGUAGAAUAUUGGAUGGAACAGCCGCAUUUGAGAAACUAUUAGUAAACGAAGUAGUUAAACAAAAUGAACAAAUGGAUGCUGCUUAUAAACGAGCACUAGAAUUAGCAAAAGAAAUCGCUCAACAAGGACCGUUGGCAAUUCGAAUGGCAAAACAAGCUAUUAACAAAGGAUCACAAGUUGAUCUUCAAGUUGGUCUAGAGAUUGAAGAGGGUUGUUAUGAUACUAUUUUAACGUCGGAAGAUAGACUAGAAGGUUUACGGGCAUUUCAAGAAAAGCGGAAACCAAUUUUCAAAGGCAUCUAA